UGGAAAGUAAGAAUGUUCACGCCAUCAAAUACGUGUAAAUCGAUUAUACGUGAUUACGAUUACACGUAGAGACUGCAGGAAAAGUUUCCAGGCCUUACGUAGAAUGAAAUAUCCAAGCGUAUCACUCAGCUGGAAGCAUGAAGAAACGCUACAACUUUUCGAACUUAUGGAAACAGAAGAUGAUUGGCUUGUAUGCGCCAAAAAACUCGCAGAAAACUUUGGAGAUGAAAGACCGGCUGGUUUUUUUACCGAAAAAUUGUGUAAAGAUGAGUUUGAACGUGUCAUGUCAAGUGGUCAUCCGGAGCAUUUCCUACGGAAACCAGGUGAAAAGUAUUCCCGAAAAGAGCUUAUUCAUGCUUGGGCAGUUUAUUUAAAAAAGGAGUUGAAAAUCAAGAAAGCACAAGAGGAAGAGUUGCUUUUGGUGAAAUUACGUCAGAAAGCAGGUCUUUUUAAUCGUUUAUUCUCAUCUGAUAGUGAUUUAACGGAUAAGGAAAUAGAAAAAUUGCUGGAGGAAGCUCGUGAAGAAGAUAGCGCGCGUGAUCAAGAAAUUGUCCGAAAGGAAAUUGAAAUUGGUACGAAAAAUUUAAAAGAAUAUCUAAACCUUCACGAAACAAAUCCAAUUAAAUAUCCACAGUUGAAGAUCAUCAUACCACCAUCUCAUCCACUCCAGACGUCCGCCAAUGAGGCACCAUUUUCUCCAAUUAAGCCGCUUUUCGAAGGCCUUACCUUUGAACCACAGAUAACUUCGCAGACAAAGACACCGCCUGUUGCAAAUACCACUUCUGGCUCUCCCUUAUCCAGGAAGGUUAGCAGUCCACAACAUCAAACUGCUCCGUUGGAAAUGUUGGCUAACGAAACUUUAGAUAGUGCAGAAAGACUAUCAUCAACUCAAGGAAGAUUACGAACAUUGUCAGUUAGCUCACGGACACAAGUAUCGGUCGAAAAUAAUGCACUGUCGUGUCAAGCCGAACUAGCUGAAAAUUCGGAAAACUUCACAUCGCAGUCGCUAUCGAGCGAGUUAAUCCUGAAGUCACCUUCGAAAAUCAGUGUUGACGAAAUUCAAACUGCUGCAUCGGAAACACCAGAUGAGGUUAAACUCCCUUAUGUUACUAUUAAAAAUGAACUAGAGGAAGGAUUCAGUCCAGUGAUGGAGGAGGUAGUUGAAAAGAAAGAAACGAUGAAAACAAGACGAGCGCAAAAAAUUGUUACACGAUCAUCGGGUGGCUCAAAUAACAUGGAUGGUGAAAUAACAUCACCAGUGCAACAUGAGCAUUCCUUAAGAAAUCGUCGUUUUUCUGUUGCUUCCACCAUUUCCCAGAAAAAUACAAAGAUAUCCGGUUUUAUCAGCAAAGAGGAUAAAAGUGUUGCAGAAGAAGAGGAAGAUGAAGGAAAAUUACGACGAUCGGAAAGAUGUCAUACGAAGACUAAUGUUGAAACUAGUGCAUCUGCUGUACCUGUACAAACGGGAAGGCGAAAACGAGCGGCGAAAUUGGAAAUUCUUGAUAAUAAUGAGGAAGAAGCGAAGGCAACGCCUGCCAAACGACGACGAUUGUCCAGCAGAGAUGUUGAGAAUGCUGAAAGAAAGGAUAUUAAAUAUCGAAUUGAAAGUAACAUCGAGUUGCAGUCCAGUCCAGAACCUGAAAAAGAAGUUCAAGAAAAACAUGUUGUGGAGGGAGAAUCGGAUGAUGAUAAAAAGCUCGUCGAUUUGCGCACACGAAGUAGAACAUUAAAAGUAGCUGUCGCUACUAGUGAGAAAGCGAAAGAAAAAGCAGGACCAUCUUCAGAAAUUUCUUCAAUUCGAUCGCCGAAAAGAAAUACAGUCGUGACACGUUCAAGCCGUCGACAAACAAGAAGAGGUGGUUCGACUGAUGGCGAUAUAGAACAAAAAGCUCUUAUGGUUACUGCAUGGCGAAUGGUGUCCAGUCAUCGGCAUGCUGCCAUUUUCGCUCAUCCUGUAUCCGAUCGAGAUGCUCGAGGAUACUCAAAAAUCGUUAAGAGUCGUAUGGACUUGAGCACAUUAAAAAAACAGCUAGAUGGUGGUAGUCUGUCAGGAAUGAAUGACUUCAAACGAAAUGUUCUGCUGAUGUUUGCGAAUGCGGUGAUGUUUAACAGUACCGGUCAUGAUGUAAACCACUAUGCGAAAGAAAUGGCCGCUGAUACGCUGAGCUCACUUAAGAUGCUUCAGAAAGAUGUAUUAUUUGUUCGGGGUAUCACACAUAUGACUCGAAGGACUGCUGCCUUUGCGGCAGAAGAGGCUAAAUUUGAACGCUCAAGAUUUUCAAGUCCACGUGUCACUCCUGUGAAUUCAGAAGAGCCUGGCAAGGAGAAAACAUCUGACAAUGCUUCACGAGAAACUAGUGAGACUCCGAAACCGCGUGGCGGACGAACCUCUAAAGAAUGAUUUUAUCGCUUCUUAAUUUCCCAUUCCUAUGAUUGUAAGUUAGCUUUCAUUUGUAUUUUUUAACUUUCCCUUUAUAAUGAUGACCACUGUUAGUGGCAUUUUCAUGUAACUGUCCAGUAAUUCUUGCUAAGCAAAAUGAGAUGUUAUUCUUCCUAACUUUUUACUUUCAAGCACGUACUUCUUUUCCUUUAUCUACCUUACCUUCUCACUUACUUUUUGGUCUCUUAUCCUCUUUAAGCUUCUAGUUUCUCUUGGAAAUACUUUCUUCCAUUUUCUCUUGCAAAUACUGACAAGAGCAGUUAGUUUUUUACCCUUUAUAGUUUACAAUUUUUAUCCCAGAUAUAAACGAAAUAUCAUGACACUUUUGAUUGAAAAUUAGAAUAUCGUUUUGUGAGAUGUGUUGUAUUGUUUGUCAUUCAGAUUUUUCUUCCCCGUUCAUACGAGGGACAUAAAUUUCCGAUUCAUU